AUGGCGCCGACUGCGGAGUCCUUCCACACACGCACACAGCCUAGGCGAGACCACGCUGCACAAUUUAAAGAUCACCCUACGUUGAAUGAACGUUAUUUAUUACUUCAUCUACUAGGUCAAGGUGGUUUUAGUGAAGUGUACAAGGCUUUUGAUCUUUAUGAACAGAGAUAUGCUGCUGUGAAAAUUCACCAACUUAACAAAAGCUGGAGGGACGAGAAGAAAGAGAACUACCACAAGCAUGCCUGCCGAGAGUAUAGAAUACACAAAGAGCUGGAUCAUCCCAGAAUAGUUAAGCUGUAUGAUUACUUUUCCUUGGAUACAGACACGUUUUGUACAGUGCUAGAAUACUGUGAAGGCAAUGACCUUGACUUCUAUCUAAAACAACAUAAGUUAAUGUCAGAAAAAGAAGCUCGGUCUAUUGUAAUGCAAAUAGUCAAUGCACUACGUUACCUCAAUGAGAUCAAACCUCCCAUCAUCCACUAUGAUCUAAAGCCAGGAAACAUCCUUCUUGUUGAUGGGACAGCAUGUGGAGAGAUAAAAAUCACAGACUUUGGUCUGUCCAAAAUAAUGGAUGAUGACAGCUAUGGUGUGGAUGGCAUGGACCUUACCUCCCAAGGGGCAGGAACAUACUGGUAUCUCCCACCUGAAUGCUUUGUGGUGAUUAAGGAACCACCAAAGAUUUCAAAUAAAGUAGAUGUGUGGUCAGUUGGAGUCAUAUUUUUCCAGUGUCUUUAUGGACGGAAGCCAUUUGGGCACAAUCAGUCUCAGCAAGAUAUUUUACAAGAAAAUACAAUAUUAAAAGCCACAGAAGUUCAAUUUCCUGUGAAGCCUGUUGUAAGCAAUGAAGCCAAGGCCUUCAUAAGACGGUGUUUAGCAUACAGAAAGGAGGAUCGGUUUGAUGUUCAUCAGUUAGCGAAUGACCCGUACCUUCUCCCUCACAUGAGAAGAUCUAAUUCUUCAGGAAACCUGCACAUGUCUGGCCUAGUGGCAUCUCCGACACCCCCUCCAUCAAGCAUCGUUUCAUACUGAUAGUGAAAUCACGGCUGGCAUGAAUAUACGGCACUAGGCUUUCAGGGGCAAAACUUAGUUCAAAGACAAAAUAAAUUAAUUUAACAAAGAAG